AUCAUAUCCAUGGCCAGUAUAACUCCUCCUCCUUCCUUUUCCUUUUUCUUUCAACUGUUCUUCCUUUGUUGAUCUUUGCUGGUUGUUCUAUAAAAAAGGUAGAGGCCUAUAGGUUCGCAGAAAUGACGGAAAAUCAUCGACUCCAGACUCAUGUUGUUUCACUUAGCUCCUUGAUGCCAGCCGAUGUCUGCUCUACUCCAGCCAAAGGUUCCGAAAUCUUAAGCAGGCUAUUGCAAGUAACUCACAAAUAUGGACCUUGCUCACCAUUGAAGGAAGGGAAGUCAAAAAUUCCUAGUCUUCGCCAGAUUCUUAUCAACGACAAAACCCGCGUGAAGUCCAUCAAUUCCAAAAUCUCCAACCAACAAUCAUCGGUAGCAGAUUCUACAGUAAAACUUCCUGCCAACUCUGGCGAUUCCCUAGGGACUGGAAACUUCGUUGUGAAGAUUGGAUUUGGAACACCUCAGCAAAAUUUCAUACUAGAAUUCGAUACAGGUAGUGAUCUUACUUGGACCCAAUGCGAACCAUGCGCCGUCCAAUGUUAUUCACAACAAGAUCCCUACUUCAACUCUUCUGCUUCCUCCACCUAUUCCAACAUCCCAUGUUGCUCCAACGCAUGCUCACAACUGAAUUCAGCGGGCUAUGCACAGUCAUCCUGCACCACCAAUUGCCUCUAUCAGGUCACAUAUGGUGACAGAUCCUACUCUCAAGGGGAUUUUGUAACCGAUACACUAACACUAUGUUCCUCUGAUGUCUUCCCCAAUUUUGAAUUCGGGUGUGGUCAGAACAACCAAGGCCUAUUCGGUACUACAAAUGGAUUACUAGGCCUUGGCCGCAAUCCGAUCUCAAUGGUAUCACAGACUGCUCAAACGUAUGGAGAGCUUUUCUCCUAUUGUCUUCAAUCAUCAACCAGCUCCACUGGUUUUCUUGCAUUAGGUAGCCAAGCGGGUACCUCGUCUUCUAAUUCUCAAUACACUCCACUACUAACAGAUUCGAACUACCCGUCGUUCUAUUUCCUAAAUAUGACCGGUAUAAGGGUUGGAGGGCAGGAUUUAGGCAUCGCAGAAUCAGUUUUCACAACUUCAGGAACAAUUAUAGACUCUGGAACUGUCAUCACUCGGUUGGCACCAACAGCCUAUUCAGCUCAUAGGUCAGCAUUUAGUCAAGCAAUGUCCAAGUACCCAACUGCGUCAUCAUAUUCAGAAUUUGACACAUGCUAUGACUUGUCUGGAUAUAGUACGGUAGACACACCACCCAUAGUAUUGCAUUUUGGUGGAGGUACUGACUUGAAUAUUGACAAGUCUGGGAUUCUAGUUCAAGCAAGCUCAAUUCAAUAUUGCUUGGCUUUUAAUGGAAACAGCGCUGAUACGGAUUUGCAGAUCCUUGGAAAUAUGCAACAACAUACAUUUGAGGUGGUUUAUGAUGUGGCAGAAGGAAAACUGGGAUUUGGUGCUGGUGCUUGUAGCUAAUAAGAAUCAGCCCUUUGUAAUAUAAAAAUAAUA